AUGCUUCCCAAUCCCGGGAAGGUGCGGGUGGCCGGGCAGAUGCCCGUUGGUCCCGGUCCAAAAGGUGAAAGAGGGGAGAGAGGAGAGACUGGGCAACCAGGCACCGCUGGGCCACCUGGAACCAAAGGACCCGUUGGAGACGAUGGACCCAAAGGCAAUCCUGGUCCGGUUGGGUUUCCCGGCGAUCCUGGUCCUGCUGGUGAAGUUGGUCCACGUGGUCACGAUGGUGCCAAAGGUGAUCGAGGAGAAGAUGGAGAACAAGGGCAAGCUGGAUCUCCCGGCCCUACUGGUGAAGUGGGUCCACCAGGUCCUCCUGGGAAGAGGGGUCCAGCUGGAACACGAGGUCCCGAGGGGCGAGAGGGAGAGAAAGGCAAGAAGGGAGAAGCCGGAGCAGUCGGACCUCACGGGAAGACCGGAGCAGUUGGGCCCCAGGGUCCCGGAGGCAAGCAAGGUCCCGAUGGUCUCCGCGGAAUUCCCGGAGCGGUGGGUGAACAAGGAACCCCUGGAGUUCCAGGACAAGUCGGCCCACCUGGCCCAAUGGGUCCCCCUGGUUUGCCUGGAUUGAAGGGAGAUGGCGGAUCCAAGGGAGAGAAGGGUCACCCCGGUCUGAUUGGAUUGAUUGGACCACCAGGAGAACAAGGGGAGAAGGGAGAUCGAGGAGCCCCUGGUCGGACGGGACAGGGAGGCGUUAAAGGCGAUGAUGGUAUUUCUGGUGGAACCGGCCCCAUCGGCCCAGGAGGUCCCCCAGGUUUACCGGGUUCCCCUGGUCCAAAAGGUUCCAAAGGUUCUAUGGGCACUGCUGGUACUAAAGGACAACGAGGUGUUCCCGGUGCUGCUGGUGCUCCUGGUCCUCCAGGUGAAGUCAUUCAGCCACUGCCCAUCCAGAGGCGCAAGAAGAGCAAGCGCUCGGUGCCCAUCGACGGGAGCCAGAUCCUGCCAGACGAGAGGAUGAUGGACGACGAGAUCAUGGACUACGCCGACGGCAUGGAGGAGAUCUUCGGGUCGUUGAACUCGCUGAAAACGGAGAUUGAGCAGAUGAGGCAUCCAAUCGGCACCAAGGAACAUCCUGCCCGGACCUGCAGAGACCUACAGCUCUGUCACGAGGAGUACACUGACGGUGAAUAUUGGGUCGACCCCAACCAGGGCUGUGCGGCUGAUGCCUUCAAGGUUUACUGUAACUUCACCGCAGGAGGAGAGACCUGCAUCUUCCCGGACAGAAAAUCCUCAGGGGUGAAGAUGUCCUCGUGGAACAAUGAGCAUCCCGGCGCCUGGUUCAGUGAGUUCAAACGAGGAGCGCAGUUGUCCUAUGUGGACUCGGACAAUAACCCCAUCGCUGUGGUCCAGAUGACCUUCCUGCGGUUACUGAGUGUGGCGGCACGCCAGAACUUCACCUACCACUGUCACCGCUCGGUUGCCUGGUACCACAUGGCAGCCGACAACUACAACAAGGCCAUGCGCUUCCUGGGCGCCAACGAUGAGGAGAUGUCCUUCGAUAACAAUCCAUACAUCAAGGCCAUCGUGGAUGGCUGUGCACUGAGGAAAGGCAGUGACAAGACUGUUCUGGAGAUCAACACUCCGCAGGUCGAACAGAUGCCCUUUGUGGACGUGCUGUUCAGUGACUUCGCCGAGCCCAACCAGAAGUUCGGCUUCGAUGUGGGACCUGUUUGUUUCCAGGGCUAAAUCUCAGCCGCCCGCCCAAUGCCCCCCCCACAACCAACCGGAACAGCCAUGACUAGCGCCACCUCCGCCCGCUGACUCCCCACCCCCCUCCCUCUUCUUACCCCUGUUCGACUCGAGGAACGGAAGGCACCACAGGCUCGCUUUGCUCACCUUACAGAAGACCAGAAGAACAGUUACUUACGUGACGCAAAGCGCAACACAGCAAAAAUGUUGUACCAUCAACUGCAACCUCCUCCCCUCAUCCUCCAUCACCCUUUACCACCAGUUUCCCUCUGGAGGUAGUGGCCUGGUUUGGCGCUGAGUGAUAUAUUUUUAUGAAGGAACGCAGCCAGAAGAGAAAUAUUCCUUUUUUUUUUUAAUUAAAAAUGUUCUCCAUAGAUUGUAAUAUAAAAAAAAAAACCACAGCACAAAAGAGAAAGACGAUAUUAUUUAAUUCGUUCACUUGCCAUAAAAUUGAACCAAACAGCAAAUAAAAGAAUAAUUAAGUCUGUGAAGCUUUACUAGUAAAUAUGGUGCUCCAAUAUUAUAUUUACUCCUAUGAAAAGGUGCUCAGAGUGUUAUUAUAUGUUUGUAAGUAUUUGUUAUUUCUAAUGUAAAAUAUAUCUAUAAAUUGCC